AACACAGGAAGAGCGUGAGCAGCGAGCAGCCCGUUAAACACCGGAGUUAUUACAUAUGCAUAUUUGUAUAAAUGGGAUAUUUUCAGCUCACCGCCUUCGGUUUAUUUGCACUUUAACACCAUGGUGUCGCUGCCGUGGCCGGAGAGCAGCUCUGUGCUGUCACAUGUCAACAUUGCAGCGCUGUUAGUUUUCCUCGUUGUGUUUUAUUUAGUUUCUUUUUAUCAGAAACGACGACACCUCGCAGGGAUUCCUCCAGGACCGACCCCGUGGCCGAUAGUCGGCAACUUCGGCGGCUUUCUCAUCCCUGCCUUCAUCCAGAGGAGGUUUGCACAGCAGGCGGACAGCAGGGAGACGAACGCGGUGGUGUUUUUAACGAAACAGGCCGACGUGUAUGGGAAAGUGUACAGCCUGUUCGUAGGCAGUCAGCUGAUGGUUGUGCUUAAUGGUUAUGAAGCGGUGAAGGAUGCUCUCUCAAACCACCCCGAGGUGUUCUCCGACAGGCCAACUAUCCCCGCUGUCACCAUCAUGACUAAACGCAAAGGAAUAGUCUUUGCACCUUACGGUCCAGUCUGGAGAAAGCAACGCAAGUUCUGCCACGCCACACUCCGAAACUUUGGCCUGGGGAGGUUGAGCUUGGAGCCUUGCAUCCUGCAGGGUCUGGCUACCAUCAAAACAGAGCUGCAGAGACUGAACGAGGUGUCUGGUGGUGCCGGAGUGGACCUGGCUCCGCUGAUCAGCACCGCCGUGUCAAACGUCAUCUGCUCGCUGAUCCUGGGUCAGCGCUUCCAUCAUGAAGACCACGAGUUUCGCACCAUGCUGGACCUCAUGGUUCGUGGCCUGGAGAUCUGCAUCAACAGCCCUGCAGUCCUCAUCAACAUCUUUCCACUGCUUUACUAUUUACCUUUUGGGGUCUUCAAGGAGUUACGGCAGGUGGAAGGAGACAUCACAGCGUUUCUGAAGAGGAUUAUAGCAAAUCACCGGGAAACAUUAGAUCCUGCCAACCCGAGGGACCUUACGGAUAUGUACUUAAUAGAGAUGUUGGCACAGCAAUCUGCUGGAGAAGAGGAGAGCAGCUUCACCGAAGAUUAUCUCUUUUACAUAAUAGGAGAUCUCUUCAUCGCCGGCACUGACACCACUACUAAUUCAGUUUUAUGGAUUCUGCUCUACAUGGUCUCACACCCUGAUAUCCAAGACAAGGUCCAGGCAGAGAUUGAUAAAGUGGUAGGCAGACAUCGGGUCCCGUCUUUGACCGAUAAGGGAAGUUUGCCUUUUACUGAAGCCACCAUCAUGGAGGUGCAGAGACUGACUGUAGUGGUGCCUCUGGCUAUUCCUCACAUGGCCUCCGAGACAACAGAGUUCAGAGGCUACACAAUUCCCAAAGGAACAGUUGUUGUGCCCAAUCUGUGGUCUGUCCAUAGAGAUCCCACUGUGUGGGACGACCCAGACACUUUCAACCCAGCACGCUUCUUGGACGAUGAUGGAAAGUUGCUCAGGAAAGAGUGCUUCAUACCAUUUGGGAUUGGUCGCAGGGUGUGUAUGGGUGAACAACUGGCGAAGAUGGAGCUGUUCCUGAUGGUUACCAGCUUACUGCAGGCCUUCAGAUUCAGACUCCCAGAGGGAACACCUCCUAACCUGCAGGGACGAUUCGGCCUGACACUGGCACCCUGCUCAUACUCUGUGUGUGUGAGCCCUCGUGGAUGAAGUGAACUGAGCAGCUUUUCUGUAGAAAGACCAAAGAUGUUUGUCUCCUGGAGAGACAAACUGAAAAUACCUGCUGAAUAUUUAUUUUACUGUAAUGAUGUAUACUACUAAUUUACAGAAAUUAGCACACAUAUGUGUCUUUAUAAGGUCCAGCAUUGAGGCAUUGGAUGAAGAAAGAUUUUAGUUUAAAUAUAUAUUUUCAUACAGACUUGUUCAAAGGAUUAUUGGCAACAUCAAAUCAAAUUUUAUUUGUAUAGCCCAAAGUCACAAAGUACAUUUGCCUCAGAGGGCUUUACAAUCUGUACAG